AUGGUGUUCGCAGUUUUAAGUCCGUACCCUGGGAGGCAGUCCAAAUCGACGAAGACAUUCCUCAAGUGUCGAUGCACCGAUCGUGGAGUGAUGGUGAUCUUGCCCAACUCUGUGAGGCCAUCGAAAGUGAGUCGGAAACUGAGUCUCACUAGAGAGCUCGUUCCUACAUCUGCUUAA